AAAAUGUUAAAAUUAUUAUUCUUGGUGUUUUUAUUAAUAACAUUGGUCCAAGGAGUGGCCUAUGACUGUACCACCCUGCUUAUGGGUCAAUAUUUAUGUCCGGAACCCGGUAGAAAUCAAAUUGAUCCGAAGACUCAGCAGUACUAUGGAUGUGAACGAAAUGGUUUGGCCAAAGUUUGGUGUAUAGCCGCAGAUGGCAUAGAAUGUAUUGGAACAAAUAAUAAUACAUUUACCAAGGAGAUGCCCUGUAAAUGGACAAAUGGUUAUCACCUGGACACAGUAUUGCUACUAUCUGUCUUUACCGGUAUGUUCGGUUUGGAUCGUUUCUAUUUAGGCUAUUAUGGUAUGGGUCUGCUGAAGGCAUGUACACUUGGCGGUUUCUUUAUUGGCCAAUUAGUGGAUAUAAUAUUAAUUGCAUUACAAAUCGUAAGACCAGCAGAUGGAUCACAUUAUAUAAUACCAUACUAUGGUGCCGGUGUCAAUAUUAUACGUAGUAAUAAUGAAACAUAUCGUUUACCACGUGACGAUUGGAAUCGUGCAUGAUGAU